CCAAUCAGCAGGCGUUUUCGUCUAGCCUCUGUGUACGCUUUGACGGCGUGCGCAUGGAGUGACUGACAGACCCAGCUCAUUCAAGGAACGUAAUCUGUGUUUUUGAGACACAGUGACAUUGUUAGCCAACAUCGGAUAUCUUCUGCCAUCAUGCCGGACGACAGCAGCCACAAACCUACUAUGGUCACAUGUACGGCACCUGUGAACAUCGCCGUAAUUAAAUAUUGGGGCAAGAGGGAUAAGGAUCUUAUUCUGCCAGUGAACUCUUCGCUCAGCGUCACUCUUCACCAAGACCAGCUCAAAACCACAACUACCGUUGCAUACUGCAGAGACUUUGAAGAGGAUCGCAUUUGGCUAAAUGGCAAAGAGGAAGAUAUCAACCAGCCUAGACUCCAGUCGUGUCUCAGAGAAAUACGAAGGCUGGCCCGGAAGAGACGAAGCGACAAGGAUUCUACUAGUGAUAUGUCUGCAUUAUCUUACAAAGUCCAUAUCUGUUCCAGUAAUAACUUCCCCACAGCGGCUGGUCUGGCAUCAUCUGCUGCUGGCUAUGCCUGUCUAGUGUACACAUUGGCACGGUUAUUUGGAGUAGAGGGAGAGUUGUCCUGCGUGGCCAGGCAGGGCUCGGGCAGUGCUUGCAGGAGCAUGUACGGAGGCUUUGUCCAGUGGAAGAUGGGUGAGAAGGACGAUGGGAAGGACAGCCUGGCGGAGCAGGUGGAGACCGAGAGCCACUGGCCUGAACUUAGAGUGCUGGUCUUGGUGGUGAGUGCGGAGAGGAAGCCUGUCGGGAGCACCUCAGGCAUGCAAACAAGUGUGGAGACAAGCAAGCUUUUAAAGUAUCGGGCAGACAGUGUUGUGCCUGGGAGGAUGGAUGAAAUGAUCAGUGCCAUCAAGAGGAAGGACUUUGCUGCUUUUGCGGAACUGACCAUGAAGGACAGCAACCAGUUCCACGCCACCUGCCUUGACACGUAUCCCCCUAUUUUCUACCUCAACGACGUGUCCCGAAGAGUCAUUAACCUUGUCCACCGCUACAAUAGCCAUUAUGGAGAGACAAGGGUGGCGUACACAUUUGAUGCAGGCCCAAAUGCAGUCAUCUACACCUUGCAGGAGCAUGUAUCAGAAUUUGUUCAAGUGGUCCGUCACUUCUUCCCAGCGGAGACCAAUGGUGGACAGUUUCUCAAAGGCCUCCCAGUAGCUUCCACCACAGUCUCAGAUGAACUGAAGAAUGCCAUUGGGAUGGAGCCCCUGCCCAAAGGAAUCAGCUACAUCAUCAACACAAAGGCUGGCCCUGGACCACGCAUUGAGGAAGACUCAAAUCUUCAUCUGCUGGGCUCGGAUGGCCUGCCUAAGAACACUGUCUAAGUUAGAAAGCCUACAGGAUGACUUAGUAUGGCAAUACUGCCGCUGCAAUUGGAUUAGUGUUAAAACCACAACACAACAAGCUAUUGCAAUACAUCUGUCUUGUAUAAAUGAACAUUCUAUUCUAUAUAAUUUGUCAGCAUUCACUCUAAAGCUAACUUCACGACUCUCAAUCAUUAGAUCGCUGCACAGAGGUUAUAUGUUGACCAAAUUCUGUGUUGAGCUUGUAAUGAGCUUUCCCAUAUUUGUAGUUCACAUUCCUAUGAUGUCUUUGUGAUGUCACAGUGCUGUGCAAAUGUCUUUGCCACCUUACAUGUUUUGCUUCAGCAAUGCCAUAAGGACAUUACAUGUUUUUUAUUCUCACUCUCUUUACUAAAAUAUAACAAGACUCAGGCAAUAUGUAGACCGUAUUUAAAAACACAUAAAAAUUUAGUUUUUGAUCUGAUUCCAAUCCACUUUCAUUCUCAAGCCACCAUUGGAUUUGUUGAUUUAGUGGAGUUCUAUUGAUCAGUCAUGCAAGGGAGAAGCUGUUGACAUUCCCCACACACGCCACUGACAGAAGUUGCUGGUAGAUUCAGCUGUGAUGGCGGCAGAGGUGUAAAAGUCCUGCUUCAGAAAGUCCUGCCACAUCACUCCAGCCAUUCACUAAACCAGCUGACCAACCACUCCUCAGUCAGGUAGAUGAGCUGAUUGGUGAAAUCCCCUGCAUUGAGUACACAGGUAGAACCAAUACAUGGUAGGACUUUUACUCUCUGAAGCCAGACUUUUACACUUCUGCAUGGGGGUCUCAAGACCAGCUGCUGACCCAAAAGCUGACCCUGCAGUGUCAGGUGACCAUCUCAGUAGGGCGCAAUGAGGAGGGGCCACCUGACACAUACUGUACAUCACGGUGACUCUCCUCAUUCGCCUUAUUCACCCGGCGGCCAGAACGAGGCUAAAGGGUACACAACACAAUAAGAAGAAUCGUACACCUGAGUGGGAAUACUGCCUCAGUCUGCCUCAUCGAGAUUCUUUUGCCAGAAUGCUUUGGCUGUGCCUUUCCCACAUCAGCUAACCAAUGAACUCUUCCAACUGUAGGUCUUCAAUGAGGUCUUCGAUCUGUAAAAGGGUCAUCAUCUUCUUCCCACUUCUGAUAGCUAAUUAAGGAAAUUAGCUAUGUACAGAACAUUACAUUUUGUGCAUGAGACCUCAUAAACAAAUACAGUGUUUUAAAAUGGUGCUGAGUCAAGUGUAUGGUGAAUCGCAAUAUAUGUCUGCUAUCUACAUGUUUGAAAAUACAAUUUUGGUACUCAUUUAUCAGUAUACUAAAUAUUCUUAUGUCCCCAAAAUGAUGCAGAAUGAAUUUGGAAUAUGGAAGCCAGGCCAUAAUGUAAAUGUGAUGUGUAUUAGACAUGAUCAAAAGCCGUAAACAGACAUUUUUAAUAAUGUUUUAUCCGCUGAUUAAAUGGUUGGCUACCAGAUACCAACAUCUCAAGGACAAAUAUAUAUAUUUUUUAAAUAGUCCUUUCAGUGUGAUUUCAGGGUUUUAUAAAUGUACAUCAGGUCUUUCAGGACUGUUUGUUUCUGGACAAUAUGGGUCGAGUUAAUACUUUUCAAAGCAUAGGCUACUGUCUAAAGAGGAUCUGUGAUAUUUUUAUGUUAAGGAAGGCCUUUCAGUAAAUAUUUUAAAUUCUAGUGUUCCAUUAAAUAUUUUAAUUGUGUUAUGUUUCAAGUAUGUUAAUCAAGCCCUUUGUAUUAAAGUAUAUUUUGAAUCAGG